UGAGCUUACAGUGAGGCCCAUACAAUCUCAGAACUCAGAUGCCUCAGGCAGCCAUGUGAUUCAGUCUAUGGAGAACAUCCUCUCUUUUCUGAAUAGAUAUAUUGAACCAUGGUUGGACUUUGGAUUGGCUUUUUUGGAUACUGACCCCAAUUAUAUCUUUCUGAGUGGAGUGGGGUUUAUUCUUCUAUACCUAUGGUAUUUGAUAUUGAAACCAUUCUUACCACCACCUUGGAAAAGUCAGGACAUCAAAAAGUGGCAGGGCACAAGUGGCAAAGACAAAGGAAAGAGGAGAUCAUUUAAAGGUUGUAGAACUACCCAGAGACGAACACAGGAAUGGAGGAAGCUUCUGUCUGUUGUGCAAAGCCCCCUAGGUGAUCUGUAUGAUCCCUCCCACUUUCGGCAACUACUAUGUCCAGAUCCCUUCUGUGAUGUGUGUAAUGGAGCAACUGCUAAGAUCAGUCGCCUGCUUUCUCAGGCCACCCUCGAAGAUGGUGCUGCCUCUGUGUCCAGUAUGGAUUCCACUACAGUUUCUGUGACUGAGACCUCACUGACUCUGUCCCUUUCCCUCCCAGAAAAUCCUCUAGGACAUCCAAUUUCGGACCCUCCAUAUGAGCCUUCUCUACAUUCUUCCUCCAUUAUUUCACCUCACCAGAGUGCCCACUUAGAAGACACACUUUUUGCCUCACCACUGGGUGACUCUGUACUAUCAGAAUCUAUUCCUCCUGUGAAUGCUAAAUUCUCUCUGGACCAUGAUUCUCUCCAUCCAUUUACCACUUUCCCUCUUCCACAACAUGCCACUCAGGAAACAGAAUUGCUUCCUCAACCAGCAACCAUUCUGUCUCUGGUGGGCAGCCCUAGGGAGCUGUUCACUAUCCCAACAAACAAAGGCAUUUGCAAUUCAAGGCAUGCAAUGUCAGAAUUUACUCAGCAGCAGACUGAUAUUGACAACUCUUUCCAAUUGGAGCCAGCACAUUUGGUUAACCAAGAGCUUCUUGACCUCCAUUCUUCUGAAUCCUACUUAUGGGGAAACAUCACAACCUGCCUUACAUUACCCGGAAACCUUCCCCUUUCCAGCCCUGAUGCCAUGGUACUACUUGAGAGGCAAGAUGGAAAGAUGUCUGAUUCAUUUAAAACUUUGGGGAAGACCCCAGAUUCUGAUCAGCAGAACUUGGCAGUUCCCCAUCCUUUGGGGAGCUGCAAAGGUAAACUAGAGAGACUUCACAUGUACCAGCAGUCCCCCCAUCUCAGAACUUCUGAAGACCAGUUAGAGCCUCAACACAUCCAGUUCUUCUGGAGCCUCCCCUCUCCACACAGCAAGUCCAUGAACUCCAUUGCUACUGUGUGGGCUGACAGUUCCCUGACCUCUGAGUGCUUCAACAGAUUCUCAGAUUCCCCAGUGCUUACCAACCACACACCUUUAUCCUUGCCUGAGAGUCAACCACAGAACUUGCCCCAAACUCUGUCCCCAUCUCAGUCUCAGCCUGUCCCUCCAGCCAAGCCCCAGGCCCAGCUUCAACACUCAGUUCCUGUGCUGUCACCUUCUCAUCUUUCCCAGCUUAGAAUCUGUGGGGUGUAUUUUCACAGACCCCAGGAUAAGGUACAACCUCUUGAUCCAUCUGCAAUCCACUGUCUGGAAUACAACAUCUUGAAAAAGGAACAGGAGAGGGUGUGGGGUUUACCUACUGUAGUAAAAAAAUCCCAGGAAGAAUUUUGUCCCCCACCUCCCAAAUCCUCAUUGGUCAAGCAGUCUUCCAAGAUCCACGUUCCCAGGUCCAUCUCUCUUGGAAAUUUCCUCCUCACCAGUGAGCUCCGGAAGAAACUUGAGCACCACCUUCGAAAGAGGCUCAUACUACAACGUUGGGGCUUGCCCAAGAGGGUCCAUAAGUCUCUGUCAUGGAUGAGUCCUCGGGCAGAACUUCCAGAGUCAUCCUCAUCUACGAGCAACUACGGGCUUUCGUGGAUCUCUUUCUUUAAGCAACAGGACAGCAAAAACCUACACAACAUUGUACUGAAUGAACCUGGAAGCUUCCCAGCAAGGCAAUCAAGGGAGAAACUGUUAAAGGCAAGGAGAAAUAGCCUAGAGACUGUUCAAAAACAUCAGCUGUGGAGUAAUACCAAGGGUGCUCUAGCUAAUGGCCUGCAAUCUGACUGUGAGACGAACCUACAAUGCCACCCAGGCAGUCUGUCAGGCAAACCUUCAGGGACCUCAGAGGUGAGCCAGUGUCAGAAAAAACUUGAAACUGCCCUGCAAAAGCAUUUGAUCAGUCAUCUCAAUGAAACCAAUGAGGGUCAUAUAUCUGGCACUGUGUCCAGAUUGGGGCAUUGUCCUCUCCCUUAUACCUUAGGUAUAGAUAAGGAAGAACAUGAGGCUCAAAGACAGUUACCCUCUGAUAACAAAGAUGGACAUGUCAAAAGCACAUAUACAAUGACAAAGUCUGUUCUGCAUCAGGCAUCUAUUGGCUUAGACAACAUCAGACUGAAAGAGUCAGAGGGCAAUAGACAUAGCCCAGAUGUGCCCAGAAUAUCCACUGAGGCUGGCCCUGUGCCAGUGGGUAAGCAACUGGAUUUCAGCAAAACAGUCCAGGAGCCUCAAGGAACACAGAUGAAUGACGAAAACAUAUUUGUAUCCAACAAGGUCAGUAACAUAGUCAAGAGAGGGCAGCUCAGUGGUCUUCAACCACAACCUACCAAGAUCUUGAACACCAGCCAGUGCAAGAGUGCCCAAGGGGCAGAUGGGAAUACAACAAAAGUACAAAGUACUCUGGUAGCUGGAAGGGCCCAGAAGGAAAUAUCAGGUUUCCAGGAAAGUCAGACAUCUGACUGCAAUAGUCAGGUAUCUAGGGAGGAGAAAUUUAAAGCAGAAAGCAGACUGCCCAUCCAAGCUCUAGGGCCCCCAAAUGACAUGCUCCCUGCCUCAGAGAAAUUCACUUACAAACCUUUACUCAUGCAUGACCAAAGCCCAUCCAGUGGACCCAUGAAUGCUUCUCAGGUACAAUGGGUUCACUUGUCCACAACAGGGCUUAGUGUGGAACAGCAACAGGAGCCCUGGGUGCAUUCAUAUGUCUUAGACAAGUGCCAUAACAAGGACUUCCCUCCAUCUGCCAAGAAAGCAUACCCUCUGGCCUGCAAAACAGAAGAAUUUGGUGCAGGUGAUACUUCCAUUGACCAAAAGAAAUGAAUGGGAGACAGUGGCAGACAGGUCCAUACAGUUCCAGAAAUGUGUGGCUUUACAGAAGAAACUACUGUGUCAGAGGCAUUGCCCAUCCAUGCCCCACAGUAGCCAGAGCCUCACAAAUAUUCCAUCUGUAGUUGUAAUCUUGGCCAGGUACCUUCAGUUGCUCCCCUUGGUUGUAGGCUCUGUGUGAGGAAGCUCAUCUCAAUUUUACAAGCAGAAAAUACUUUUACUGAAUUUCUAUCAGAAAAAAAUUUCUCCCCUCCUCUGUAUCCCAUCCUUUAUUGAUAAUACUGACUGCCCCCAAUAAAUGUUCUAAUAAAGUG